AUGCCGAGAGGUUUGCGACAUAUGAUCGGCAUCCUCGUUCGGAGCUUCGAAUGUGGUGUCGAAGUCGAACUCGGUCAUCUGCUCAACCUAUUGGAUAUCCGGAGAGCCCCGGGAGGAGGCAGAUUUUAUAUUUCUAAUAAGUCCAAUCGCCGGAUCAUAGGCGGUUUCCCAAGCAAAGAUCAGUUUUGGACUGAACGUUUCUUCUAUGUUUUGGUGAACGAGGCAUCGGUGGGCGAGGGUUUUGUGCAUAAAACGAAGACUGUUUGGGGACCACUUGUUCGGAGUUUUCUUCCUCCUGUUCCCGAUGACCUUUUCUCUGUUCGAGAUACUCUCGCGGCUCGGAAGGUUAACUGGAGAAAGCACUUCUCCUUUGAGAGAAUAGAGAGAGCCCGAGCUAUCCUCGCCGGGGUGUCUAUCAGUUCCUCUUCAUCCAAUUCGUCGGGAGAUACGAGAGAAAAAAUGGUGAUUAUUACGCUCAGGGAUAAGAAGCGACGCGAAGCCGAGGAGAUUGCUAGGAGAGUUGAACAAGCAGCUCCUGCGGUGACAGAGGCGGUACCUCGGGAUGAGCCACCGAGGCUCGAGGGGGACGAAGUCGCCCGGGCUGCUGACGAGACCGCUCCCGAGGCAACGGCGCAAGAGACAGCGCCCGAGGUGGAACCGGGAGAGAUUAUUCCCGACGCGUCUGGGGAGAAUUCCUCGGCUUGGGAUAAAACACCACCUACCUCGGCAAUUCUGGCCCUUCCGAAACAAUCAAGGCCUCCGGCUUCGAAUCUGCUGAAGCAUGAUACCAGCAGGAAGAAUUCGGCUAUGGAAAAGGGCAAGGGGGUGGCCAUCCAAAAAGACGAGCCGUCCAAAAAGAAACGCAAGUCGGCGCCCAACGAGCCCGCAUCUCGUAAGCUGAUUGUUGACGACCCGGCUGCUUCCGCGGUGAUGUUCGCACACGUCAAUAAUGCCAACAUUUGUCUUCCGCCUCCCGAGCAACUGAGGCGAUCGAAGUCCUAUGCUGCCAUGGCGCAGCGCGUUUGUCGCGACUAUCAACGAGAUGAUGGCCGGUAUGAAUCAGACUUAGUUAAAGAUGAGCGCUGCUUGGAGGAGGCUCGGAAAGAGGCUGCGACGGCUAAGAGAAAGUUGGACGAGGCGAGGGCCAAGAUUAAGAAACUAGAAGAGGAGAAAAUAACUCUUUGGGCCAACGUUGAAAAGGUAUCAUCCGUGGUGACUCGUCUUGAAGAAUCCAGAAGAGCCAAAAGUGCUGAGGAGGCUUUGUUGAAGAGACGCAUCAAAGCUAAGGAUGCCUUAUUCGAUGCUAAGGAGCGUCUUGCCAAGGUGGAGGAAGGUCUGGCCAAGCUGGAGAAGGCCAAAAGCGACGAAAACGAGCCGGGACAGAUCAAAGGAAAUCUCGCUAUGAUUGAGGAGCUUCGAAAACUCGACGGAUCUUUGGACUCUGAAGAGGCAAAGUUGAAGGUUUGGGAGGCCAAGUAUGUUGACGACGAGGCGUAUGACUGCAUUGCGUCUGAGAUCCGAGGUGGCCUAGUAUUCUGGCCUGUGUCGCCAGAUUCCGUCGAUACCUUUUUAGGUAACGAGCUGAUCGAGGAGACGGCGGCUAAACUCGGUGUUGAGGAUCCGACCGGAUCAAAUGCGGGUACUCCUGUUCUCUCGAACCUCCUUGCUGAGCGAGAGACGCGUUCUGCUGCUUGA